ACCAAACCAGGAAACUUAACUUUCAUGACGUCAUGGGUGGGGAUCGGAGUCAAAAUGGCGGAUAUAUUUCCGUGCUGUACGAGAGACCCUGAUCUGAAGCGACAGAGUGAUAUAAGUAAACAAAUAGAUGAACAGCUCAAACGAGAAAAGAUACAGUUUAGAAGGACAGUGAAAAUUCUCCUUUUGGGUGCGGGCGAGAGUGGCAAAAGUACUUUCCUAAAGCAAAUGCGAAUUAUUCAUGGGGAAGAUUUUGAUCAGAAAAUUCUCACGGAAUUCCGUGAUACCAUUUACUCAAACAUUAUCAAAGGAAUGCGGGUGUUAGUAGACGCAAGAGAGAAGUUACAAAUACCAUGGGGUGAUGGAAGUAAUGUUAAGCAUGCUCAAUUUGUGUUUGGCUGUGACACUUCUAAAAAGAUUGACGAGUCUGUGUUUCUUAACUAUUCAGAAUCACUUGAAACUUUGUGGAAUGAUUCAGGAAUAACUGCUGCCUUUGAUCGUCGAAGAGAGUUUCAGCUGGGAGACUCACUGCGCUACUUUCUGACAAACUUACCAAGAAUUGGUAAACCAGACUAUAUACCAGUCCGGCUAGACAUCCUGCACGCCCGUAAGGCCACCAAGGGAAUCACGGAGCAUCAGAUUGACAUUAACCGGAUCCCGUUCCUCUUUGUGGACGUUGGGGGUCAGAGGUCGCAGCGGCAGAAAUGGUUUCAGUGCUUCGAGGGCAUCACAGCCAUCUUGUUUCUGGCCUCGUCCAGCGAGUUUGACCAGGUUCUCAUGGAGGACAGGAAGACCAACAGGCUCGUGGAGUCAUGUGACAUUUUUGAGAUCAUAAUCAACAACAAGACCUUUUGCAAUGUGUCGAUCAUCCUCUUCCUCAACAAAACUGACCUCCUGGAGGAGAAGGUGAAAGUUGUGAGCAUUAAGGACACUUUCUCGGAUUUCCAGGGGGAUCCUCACUGCCUUGUCGAUGUGCAAAACUACAUUCUGGGACUGUUUGAUGAACGCCGUAGGGAACGGACAAAACCGCUCUUUCACCAUUUCACUACCGCCAUUGAUACUGAGAAUAUCAAAUUUGUGUUUAAAGCUGUAAAGGACAUCAUUUUGCAGGAUAAUAUCAAAUCGCUUAUGCUGCAGUAGUGAUAAUAAUAUCACAAAAUAUUGGUUGUUUGCGUUAUGAUAAAAUGGAUUUUAGUGCUAUAUAGUUGUUGACCAGUCAAUGUGUCGUGAAUGACUUGUGCAAUGGAUGGAAAUGUUCAUUUAUUUACAGAAUCAUAUAUAAAUGUUUAAGCAACAAAUUGUAUUCAGAAUAUUACGGAGACUUCUGUUAUGUUUAUAUGAACAGCAUCCUUUCCUUAUAUGCUGUGGGGACUGUGAACUUUUUUGGGGAAGUAUUUAACUAGAUUUUCUUCUGCUCACUUUUUCAUCAUCUCUGGCUUCCUAGGAAAAUACAAUAUUUCUUAAUUGGUAAGUCAUAUCCACAAAUAUCAUUCUGGAAUGUUUCAUUAUGCUGUGGUAUACAUUUCAAAUGUUUAUCAAUAGAAUCAUGCUAUAUCAGGGUUUUUUGCCAUUUGAAAAUAUGUGCUUGUCUCUUUUCAUUUACACUAAAAUCUAUUUUGGUCUAUACUGAUAAAUGCUGUGAGAAGCCUGCAGUGUAUUGUUGGUUUUAAUGCUUCUUUGUAGUUGAGGUGAGUAUGCAGACACUAGAAAUGCACCAGGCUGCACAGGAGACUUGCAGUGCACAAAAUCUGGAUGAGAAUGAGCUCUGUAAUUGAUAGUUUACAUAAAUUAGCUGACUUCUGUCAGAUUGGUUUGAAACAGAAAGAUGUUUCAUUGAGUAAUUAACAAUAACCUUCAAUGCACAUACAUUUUCAUGGUUUAUAACCAUUUCAAAAUAUUCGUCAUUUUUUAACCUAAACUUUGUACUAAAUGCUCAAUCUGUUUAUCAAUAUGAAUGUAGAGUUGUUUCUUGCACAUGAUAUCUGAGUGAACAUGCCCUUUGGCUGUGGAAGGUGUCCCUUCCUCCAUGAAUCCCAAUCAAAGUUUUGUUGUUAAAGUUAUUCAUUAUUUGGUGAUUCAUUCAGUGUUUUGCCCUUUUGGCAAAAUUUAAGUCACCAAACAAAUAACAAAACAGACUGUCUUCCUAUCCUUAAUCAAUGUGAUAAUGAAAUAAUGUUAUUUUUCAUUAUCAAUUGUACCAUUUUUCUAAAAUAACCUAAUUUAAGAUAUGUAUCACCUUAAAUUAUUUGUCAGCAUUUUUUUCUUGAUGUGUAGAAAUUUGAUUUUAUUAAAUACUUGGAAAACUAAAGGUUAACAUGUAUUUUGUCAAUUUACAAUUGAUAACAAUAUUUAAAGGUAUGUUACUUGAAAAAAUACAAGAUCACUUGUUUUUUAAAGUUAACUAUUUUUGUGUAUUUUUUUUAUGAAAGAGUAACUCUGUGACUCAUAGGAAAUAAGUUGCCUGGAAGUUAUAUUUUGGAAAGCAAGGCAAGAAAACUAUACCACUUAUUAUUAUCUAUAUUUAGUUAUGUUUCCAUAGAACCACGAGAUUUCACAUGCAUGCUGUAAGUUAUUUAAAUUUUGUAUGUGUGUACUUUUUUAUUUUUAUGCCCCCCUUCGAAGAAAAGGGGGUAUAUUGUUUUGCUCAUGUCGGUCCAUAUGUCCGUAUGUCUGUAUGUCCGUAUGUCUGUCCACCAGAUGGUUUCCGGAUGAUAACUCAAGAACACUUAGGCCUAGGAUCAUGAAACUUCAUAGGUACAUUGAUCAUGACUCGCAGAUGACCCUUAUUGAUUUUGAGGUCACUAGGUCAAAGGUCAAGGUCACAGUGAUCCGAAAUAGUAAAAUGGUUUCCAGAUUAUAACUCAAGAAGCUUAUGCCUAGGAUCAUGAAACUUCAUAGGUACAUUGAUCAUGACUCGCAGAUGACCCCUAUUGAUUUUCAGGUCAGUAGGUCAAAGGUCAAGGUCAUGGUGACCCGAAAUAGCAAAAUGGAUUCCGGAUGAUAACUCAAGAACGCUUAUUCCUAGGAUCAUAAAACUUCAUAGGUACAUUGAUCAUGACUCGCAGAUGACCCCUAAUGAUUUUCAGGUCAAAGGUCAAGGUCACGGUGAAUCAACUUAGAAAAAUGGUUUCCGGAUGAUUACUCAAGAACGUUUACGCCUAGGAUCAUGAAACUUCAUAGGUACAUUGAUCAUGACUUGCAGAUGACCCCUAUUGACUUUCAGGUCACUAGGUCUAAGGUCAAGGUCACGGUGACUUCACACAGUAAAAUGGUUUCCGGAUGAUAACACAAGAAAGCUUACGCCUAGGAUCAUGAAACUUGAUAGGUAGAUUGAUCAUGACUCGCAGAUGACAGUGCUUUCCACAGGAUUUUUGUCAGGCGCCCCGAGGGUGGUUCAUGGGGUGUCCCCUCCUGACGAUGAUUUUUUUUUAAUUUAACGUGUCAAUUCAUGUUCUGUGGUGCGUUAUAACUCAAAGAAAAACAGCGUCAAAAAACGUCAUUUGGUCCGUUAUGACUCUUCAAGAAAAUUACCCAGUCAUUUAAAAAAAAUAAUAUAUAUAUAUAUAUAUAUAUAUAUAUAUAUAUAUAUAUAUAUAUUGUUUAAUUGUUUUAAAACUUUCCCGCACAGAUAGUAAAAUCCCGACUCGAACGAUUCCCCAAUACAUCCGUUUCAACCCGACUAUUACUAUAUACUUACUACUUUUCAUGUUUCUAUUUAUUACCCGAUAAUCCCGUUUAUUCCGUUUUUAUAUCACUUUCUGGUAAAUAUGUACGCUAAAAGCUCUCAAUAAUUUCUUUAACACAAACCUUGCCAUUUUUCUAUAAGUGACUAUUUAUAGAUUUGAUGAAAUAUUGCCUCUGAACAUGCGUCAAUCCCCUGACGUGUUGUGUGCUUGUUAAAAUGCUCAAUGCACGCACAAUACACAUGACGCGACGUUGUACAUGCUGCAUAAUUUUCGCGCUCUUUUUAAUUGAGAAAAAGAUUCGACACAAAAUUAAUAUGCACUGCUAAUUUGAAGCAAGAAUAUUUUUAACGUUGCGGUAACAUUUACAUUCGGAAGUGUGUUUCGGAUUAAAGACGCGUUAACGUUGACUUACGGAAAUGGGUUUCGGAUUACAAAUUUAAUUAUUCCCAUUUGUGAUUUCGACAAAUAUUAACAGUUGAGUUAUGAAUUCAACGAUAAUUUGUUUAAACACUUUACAAGUCGAAUAAAUGUUUUGACGGAAUUAUGCAUGAAAUUCACGUUGUUCACGAGGAUUACGGCUGGAUGCCAUCAUCAGUCUUUUAAGUAUCGAUUAUCGGACGAAACAUUUAUAAGUGUGCGUAAUUAAUUCAACGAAAAUUUGUUAAAGCGCAUUACGUGUCGAAUAAAUGUCAGAAAAAGGAGGUGAAUCAGUUCUAUAAAUGGACAUGAUGAAAUAUACAUGUACUGGAAUAAAAUUGUUAUCGCAUAAUUGUAACCGGGAGUUAUUUGCACAACUUGCUCGCUAUAAGUAAUUAAUUGUUUACCACUUGCAAUUAAUUUCUCGUAUUAAUUAUGAGUCAUAGGUAACACUUGUUUACAGUAAAAAGGUGUGAUGAUGAUGCCCGAAACCGUCUUUAAUGUAAUGUACUGUACUAGUUACCGGUUUUAUAUUACGUGAAUGGUUUAAUUUCUUGCUAAUCAAGCUGCGAUAAACUCUUACUUUGUGCCCGACGUCAAUCAAAAAUAAUGGUCGAUAGUUAACCCCGCCCUCAUAAGCAUUCGUGUAACCGAUUGGACGAUGAACAUCACAGUUUGAAGACUGGAAACUUACCUGACACAUCCUUGUCAGCAUUUAAAUGAAUGUGUAAUGUGGCUAGAAUAAUCGAUACGCGCGUCUUAUCAGUGGAUUACCCAUUACCCCAUGUGGUGUUUAUGGCGAUUACUUGUGAAAGUAGGUACCGAGUGCUCUUUCAAAACAGGGAAUAUUGAUACACUGAUAGAGAAAUUUUGAUUUUGUUUGACAAUCUCCACUUUCUUGUACUGAAAAAUACACUGAUCAGAAAAUUUCAAGCGCCCGGGUGACUCUGAUUUCGAAAUUCAAGCGCCCCGGAGAGGGAUCGUUAAAUGGCCUGUGGAAAGCCCUGGAUGACCCGUAUUGAUUUUCAGGUCACUAGGUCAAAGGUCAAGGUCACAGUGCCAAAAAACGUAUUUACACAAUUGCUGCCACUACAACUGACAGCCCAUAUGGGGGGCAUGCAUGUUUUACAAACAGCCCUUGUCUUAAAUUGUAAAGACACAGGAAUUGCAUUGCUAGCAACUUCUGCUUAAUGUUAUAUGCUCUCUUACUUUCAUGGGUUUGCUGAGGUAUUGAGAAAUGUUAUAAAAAAUAGCCUAUUGUAAUUGAAAUUUCAGGUAAAUAAUCAACAUUCGUACACAAAAUUAUCUUUGUUGAUGUGCAAAGUAAAACUGUCAUGGUUGUGAAUCGUUUGUUUUGCACUCCCUUUCAUGCAUUUUUUUCUGUUGCAUUUUUUUUUCGACAUUUGCCAUAAUUACUUAGCUUCCUUAAUUUGUAUUUGAUUAUGUUCACUGAAGCAGUGGAUGUGGUUACUGUUUGAACACUGAUACGGCUGAUGUAAAUGAUUAUCCAAUGGGAAUUUUUUUGUUCAUUGCAAAGAUUGCUUCGUAACAUUAUUUUCUUGUGUGCUUCAUACUGCAUGUAUUUACCUUCCAAUUCACUGAACAAUUGAAAUUAAUGCCAGUUUUGUGUAAUAUUUUUUUGACAAGCUAUCUCCAUUAAUUUUGCCAAACAAACCCUGGUAAAGAUGUAAUAAUCAAUGUUAAUAAAUCUUUUAUUAUGCA